GCCGGUAACGGCACUUUUUUUUAAGUAGGGCAAACUUCGCGAUUUAAUGCCCGACUGUUAUCACUGCGCAAUCUGUCGAAUCAUUGCGUGCCACAGGAACGUUGCAGUCUAGUGAUAAAGGAAAUGCUAGCAGACCAGAUGUCGACACCAUAGAAGUGAAGGGUGGUGGGUCUUCGGACUGGUUAUGCCUUGACGAUAGUCAAGGUAUCGAGACGCUGGUGAUUUCCAGCACCAGGAAUCGCCUUAAUUAGGCCUCAAUCGCUUCACAAUUGUCGCCUGAUCUCGCAUUUCCUAGAUCGCAAAUGUGUGGGUCAGAAAAAUUUUGCCUUCGGCAACUUAAAAGCACUCCACUCUCCCUGACAUUGUAAUUUUUUUUGUCUAGUACCUAUGAAUAGAGCAUUUGUAAGAUCUUUUAACAAGCAGCCUGUCAACUUGAUUAAGUCGACCACAACCAACCUCGCCAGAACUCCCUCUAGUGUCAAGUUUAGACCCAUGGAGUUUGGCAAUAGCUUCAAAACCUUCAAGGAGUAUCGUUUGCGGGCAGUGAACCAGUCUCCUUUGUUUAAGAAGAACGCUUCUAAAAACGAUCUGUAUUAGUUACGAUUACGGUGUUAUGUUUGGUUUUUGGUGUAGGAAUAUAUGUGGACAAUAUAUGAAUUGAUUAGCGAGUACGUAGGUUGAAAAUUAAGGGAAUUGGCUGGUGAAGAGUUGAGCGAUUGAAGUUUUCUUU